AUGGUUUACAUUCUCGAUACUACUCGUUACUCGAUACGUACUUUCAAUUCUAAGUGUUUGUCUUCUAUUUCGGAUUUCUGUGCCGUCAUGAUACCUAAAGGGGGCCACUGCUGUGGGAUUAGCCUUCGACCUCUAUGUUACAUCAUUGCGUACUCACAUUUGUUGUCGAGCUUGGUGGACCUGCUGUGUCAUUUCGUGACAGUCGCUACUGCCACUAACUGGUUUCAGUGUGAUGUCAAUGCUGAAGGUCUAAAAGCCGUAUCAGUACCAUGGCUGGAACCAAUCCUCAUCGUGAUAAACCUCGGCACCCAUGGUUUCUACCCAUACCCUCGUGUCGUCCGCAACCAGUACCCUACCUACGUAGAAAUGAUGACAGUGAUUGGUGAAUCCAGGUGUUAUCCUGGCAUGCUACACAUCCAUCUGAUUGAUCUUCUUAACUUCUUGAUCAACAUAAUUUGGCUGAGGAUAGUUAUUUCUUAUGUUGGAGCAGUACAUAAGAAAGACCCCGAGCCUAUGAGAAUGUUCUUUAGCCUGUCAGUCGUCAAGCUGGUGAUGCAGGCCAUGUAUUUCGGUUACCAGCCCGCAUUUUACGACAUAUACAGCACAGAAACCAUUUGGUUCUUGAAAUUGACUGAUAUCUUGGUUGCCAUAAUUUUCCUGGUGAUCGUCCAAAGAUACUCAAAGUUCCUAAGGAUGGAGAAUGCAGCUAACCAGAAUGUAGAGAAACCUCCCGCUUACAUUGAAUGUCUAAUUAAUUCUCCUAUUCGCCCACCCGCAUAUGAAGCAAAAGAAGAAGUAAUCGUCGUAGAAGAAGAGAAAAAACACUAA